AUGUCAACGAUCAAGCCAAAUCUCGUCAUCAUAGGCUCAGGAUGGGCCGGCUUCUACAUCGCCGAGAACAUCGGCUUGAACGGCUACCACGUCACCCUGAUUUCCCCGCGUCGAACAUCAGCAUAUACACCACUUCUGGCCUCUGCAGCCGUGGGUCUGUUUAACUUCUACCUGGCUGAAGAACCUGUACGAUCCAAAUCCCGCUCAGCCCUGCGUUUCAUCAAAGCCAAUGUGCUAGGCAUCGACUUCAACGCCAAGCAAUGUCGAUGUGCACCCGCCUUCGAUGAGGACCCGGAACUUGCCAAUGACGAGUUCUCCGUCCCGUACGAUUACCUGGUGAUUGCGCCAGGAUGCAUGCCCAACACGUUCAACACACCAGGCGUCGCCGAGAAUGCCAUCUUUAUCAAGAAUGUCUCCGAUGCGAUGAAAGUUCGCAAAACCCUAUUCGAUCUCCUGGAGAAAGCCAGCCUGCCGCACAUCACGCCCGAGCGAGCGCGAGAACUUCUCCACAUCACCAUCGUCGGUGGCGGGCCAACAGGCAUCGAAUUGACAGCCGAGCUCGAUGAUCUGUGCCAGGAUGAACUACGCUCCGUCUACCCGCACGUUGCCCCGUACGUGAGCAUAUCAAUCUACGACGUAGCACCGCACAUCCUAAGCGCCUACGACAAUAAGCUGCACGAAUACGCAGCACAACAACUGGAGCGGCGUAAAAUCGAUGUCGCGCCCAACACGCGCAUCGAAAAAGUUGACGCUUCCGCCCUCUACAUCAAGGAUAAAGGCCGCGUGCCCUACGGCAUGCUCAUCUGGGCCACGGGCAACAAGCAUGUGCCUUUACUGGGGACCAUUGCCGUCAAACUCUCGCAGAAGGGCCUAAAACGCAUCCUCACCGACGACUACUGCCGUGUCUUCAAGCCUGGUGAAAAUACGGGGGAAAUUUAUGAAGGUGUCUUCGCGCUCGGCGACGCCGCUGACAUCGAGGACGCCAGUCUGCCUACCACCGCCGAAGUCGCGGUACAGAAGGCAAAGUACCUAGUCACCAACCUCAAUGCGCUGGCUCAAUCUAAAUCUCCUCCUCCUCCUCCUCCUCCUCCUCCUUCUGCUGCUUCUUCUUCGUCGUCUAGCACCACCACGGCUUUCUCAGAUCCCUUCGUCUACUCGCAAAAGCAAUUGAUCAGCUACAUCGGCGCACAUGAUGGGGUAAUUGCGGGCAAAGGACCCAAUGACACUGGCUGGACGGGUCGCUCUGCUUGGCUGGCAUGGCGGAGCGGCAGUUUGAUGUGGAAUCGCAAUUGGAGAAGCAGAAUUGCGAUCGUCUUGACUUGGAUUCUCAAUCGGGUUUUUGGAAAGGAGAUUGCCAGGAUGUAA